AUGAACGUUAACCGAGAGGAGAAGCAGUGUGAUGUGCUCAUAUUUGUCUCUGCAGGGAUUCAUACAUGGCAGUGGACGAUCGGCUGUAAACUGCAUGAUGAUGGAACCAAGAGUGGAUACAGCCGGUUUGGUUACGAUGGAGAAGAUUUCCUCAGUCUGGAUCUGAACACUCUCACCUGGACUGCAGCCAAUGAUAAAGCUCUUAUUAUAAAACAGGAGUGGGAGAAGACGGAUAAAGCCAAAGGCCAUAAGACCUUUCUGGAGACUGAAUGUAUCGAGUGGUUACAGAAAUAUGUGUAUUAUGGCAGAGAAACUCUGGAGAGGAAAGUCUCUCCUGAGGCGUCUCUGUUCCAGAAGAACUCUUCUUCUCCAGUGGUGUGUCAUGCUACAGGUUUCUUCCCCAAAGCAGUGAUGAUCUCCUGGCAGAAGAAUGGAGAGGAUCUGCAUGAGGACGUGGAGCUCAGAGACACGCUAACCAACCAGGAUGGAACCUUCCAGAAGAGGAGCAUUCUGACUGUCUCACCUGAGGAGCUGAACAAACACAACUACACCUGCAUCAUUCAGCACAGCAGCCUGGAGAAGGAGAUAGAGCUGCAGGUGUCUGAACGCAAGGUCCUGCAAGAUGGAGGAUCAGUUGGUAUAAUCAUUGGUGUGGUCGUGGUUCUCCUGCUUGUUGUCAUAGUCUGUGUUGGAGUUUGGAUGAAGAAGCAGAUGAAGAAGCAGAUGAUGAAGCCCAAUUUCACACUUGUUUCGAGAAGCCCCAGCUCAGAAUCUGAUUCUACAUGAAGCUCCUCAUCAACCACCUCCAUCACCUCAUCUGAAUGAUGAUGAUCUGCAGUUAUACUGUACUGAUAAACACAGCUGUGUGAUCAAUAUCAUGCUGAAUCAUGAUCAAUGCACUUGUAACCAGUUUCAAUCUGUAUUUCUUUCUCUCAGAAUCUGUGUUGAAGGAUUUCAGAGAUGAUUGGUUUAAGACUGAUUUUGUUGUUAAUAUAGAUCCUGAUGAAGUUUAGUUCCAUCUGAUUUUGAUCUUCAAAAAUAGGAAAUAUUACUGUCAACAACAAUUAUACCACAUUUAUUGCCAGCUAGUUUAUUUGUAUGUGUGUGAAAAGCUUCUUCACCCUCUGUGAUGAUGUGUCUCUUAUAUUCUUUUCACACACACAAAUGUAGCACAUUUGAUUGAGCAUUUGUGUGUGUGUGUGUG